CCUCUGCCUCCCAAGUGCUGGCGUUAAAGGUGUGCGCCAUCAUGCCCAGCUGAGUACGGACGAUAUUUAUAUAUUUGUGAAAGAGAUGACGUAAUGGAGACGAGGUGCUAUCCCAGGCUUGGGACAUUCUACUUAAAAUAUAACAGAGGAAGGUGUGUGCAAAAGCGACCGAGAGAACAGAUGGAAGGCUCGGGAUGCAGCUCGGUGGAAGAGUGCUUGUCUUGUAGGUGCCGGGCCCUGGGUUUGGUCCUGGGAUGCUCUUCCUCCCCAUACAAAAAAGGAUGAGUUAAGAGAAAAACCUGGGAAAGGUCUUGUGAUUGCAUUAAUGCCAAUGUAAAUUGUGCUAAACGCUGCGCACAUACAACUGAUCCAGGACUAGCCAGCCAUCAAUUCAGAACCUCACGCUGAACCUGGGGGUGUGGCUCAGUGGUAGAGCUCAUGCUACAAGUGAGGUCCUGGGUCCCGCCCCUAGCGCCAUAACAAAACAAUUUCUAUAAAGUCUGGCAGCAUAAAAUUCCGUUGUAUUACUACCAUACCUGCUGCAUUAAUUCCUUGUGGAGCGUGUAGUCUUUCUUUUAGAAUCACACUGUUAGGAACUACUGAGUCAAUCUAAGGAUAUGUGGUUUUCAAAAGACGUGCAGUUUUAAUUCUAUUCUCAACCCAAGGAAACCGAUCGGGACAAAGUCCGUGAUUUUGCUAAGUGAUUUAUGGGGCCUUACUUUUACAUUAUGAAAAGUGAAUAACUUUCCCCUGUUUACUGGGCUUUGGGAUUUUCGAGUCCAUCUUUUGCCCCCAAGAGUUUUUACAGAACAAUUAUAAGGUAGGAUACCUGAAAACAGAACAAAAAUUAGGGCUUAAAUGUCGGUUUCACAAAGUGAAAAGGGCCAGAUAAAAGUUAGGUUUGUGAAUUGUAGCCUUGGCUAGGAAACUUCUCGUUUGUCUGUGAAAGUGAACAGUUAAUAGGAUAAAGUGCUGAAAAUGAGGACUGCAAAGUACGUGUAUCCUGGAACAGAAGUCUCAAGCCUGUAGCAGGCAGAGUGGCUGCUUGGUGUGAACAAACAGCCUAGUUCUAGCAUUUCCACGAGAUCACUGGCCCGCCUCCAAGGUGUUACUAUGGCAACAAAGCACGCGCUGCCCAGCUAGCCAACGGUUACCUUCCUAGGCUGAUCACUUCUGCUAGUUCCCAAAGCGCAUCUUAGGUUCGGGCUGAUCCUUCACCGGGCUCUGGUGAGGGGCGGAGUGAGGCACCAUGGCCAAGGCGGCGGCCUCCUCAGCGCUGGAGGACUUGGAUCUGAGCGGAGAGGAGGUGCAGCGGCUCACCUCCGCCUUUCAGGACCCAGAGUUCCGCCGAAUGUUCUCCGAGUAUGCCUCGGAGAUCACCGACCCUGAGAACCGGAGGCGCUACGAGGAGGAGAUCACAGCGCUGGAGCGGGAGCGCGGGGUGGAGGUGCGGUUCGUGCACCCGGAGCCGGGCCACGUGCUGCGUACCAGCCUGGACGGGGAGCACCGCUGCUUCGUGAACGUGUGCAGCAACCCGCUGGUCGGCUCGCCCAGCAGCCGGCCGAGCGCCGGGCGCGGCAGCGGCGCGGCGGCUGGCAGCCACUGGUCCCUGCCCUACAGCCUGGCGCCCGGCCGCAAGUAUGUGGGGCGCAACGGCUCCCGCUACACCGUCUACGACGUGGUCUUCCAUCCGGACGCGCUAGCGCUGGCCCGGAGCCACGAGCGAUUCCGCGAAAUGCUGGACGCCACGGCCCUGGAGGCGGUGGAGCAGCAGUUCGGCGUCAGGCUGGACCGCAGGAACGCCAAGAUCCUCAAGAUCAAGUACAAGGGGGUGCCCGAGGCCGCGGUGCUGCGCACUCCCCUUCCCGGGGGCGUCCCUGCCCGGCCCGAGGAGGAGCCGCCCGGGCUCUUCCCGGACCUGCCGUACCCGUACCCCUACCCGGCGGCGGCGGAGAGCACGGCUCGCACGCCGGCGACCCGGGAUCCCCAGGCCGAGCAGCGGCCGGAGCCCCCCGAGCCCACCGAGCCCCGCUGCACCGUGGUGCAGCGCCACCACGUGGACCUCCAGGAUUACCGCUGCUCGCGCGACGCCGCCCCGAGCCCCGUGCCGCACGAGCUGGUGGUCACCAUCGAGCUGCCGCUGCUGCGCUCGGCCGAGAGGGCGGACCUGGAGGUGAAGGGGAAGCUGCUGUGCCUCGACUCCAGGAGCCCCGACUACCGGCUGCGGCUCUCGCUGCCCUACCCGGUGGACGACGGCCGCGGCAAGGCGCAGUUCAACAAGGCGCGGCGGCAGCUGGUCGUCACGCUGCCGGUGGCGCUGUCGAUCGCGCGCCGGGACCUCGCCGCGACGCCGGAAGAGUCCGCGGCCGGGACCGGAACUGACGGCUCACCCCGCGCUUCCGAGGGCGAGCUGGCUGCGGCGCGGGAAGGGACGGCGGAGGCGACCGGAGCUGACCUCGGGGACGGGAGCGGAGCGGGAGCCCCGGGCUUCGGGGCUGCGGACGCUGAAGGGGAGCUCGUUCCCGAGCCGGAGCGAGACUUCGGUGGGGACUCGGUGGCGUCCCUAGGCCUCGGGGAAGAGCCUCCUCCUCCUGGGGACCGAAGCCUCCCUUGCACUGCGUUCCCGGGCUGCGACACCGAGUCCCCCGCGGCAAGACCGGGACUGUGCGGAGACCUCAGUGCCCAGACGUGUGAGGAGCAGGAGGGGACUCGCCACGACGCCUCGGGCUCAGCCAUGGGUGGCCCGGGGACCGAGAGCAUCGAACCUGUGUGCCCUCCUUUGCGGUGUCAUCAGGACGAAGACUCCUUGACUUUGCUCAUUCAGGUGCCUCGGAUUCAGCCGCAAAGCCUUCACGGGGACCUGAGUCCCCUCCGCUACAAAUUGUGCUUCUCCGCACAAGACUCAGCUUACUCCUUCACGUUGCAGUUUGCUCCGGAGAAGAAGUUGAGUACCAAAGAACCCGAGAUUAGCAUUUCUUUAAACAAUGCAGUGAUCGUACUGGCCAAAUCUCCAGAGAGCCGCGGACAUUGGCGAGAAUGGUACUGUGGCUUGGACAGUGAGUCUUUGGAGGAAAGAUUGUUUCUUGAUGAGGAAAAUGUUAAUGAGUUUCUUGAAGAGGUCCUGCACUCCCCACUGACGCAGGAGAGGUCCUUAGCCCCACCGUUGAUUGAGGUUGUUCGGGUUACUGAUGAGAAGAUUCAGAUUCAUGCAAAGUUGCAAGAAUGUAGUGAUCCUGAUGGGCUUCAAGGGAAGGAAAAAGGAGUCAGUGAAGGAUGUCCUCCAAGUGAAAAAGGAAACACAGAGCAUUUUCCCACCUCUACGACGGAUUCUGAUUCAUCUGUAGCAGCUGAAACAUUAAAAACAAAGACUUGUGGCGCAGCUGUGGGCCUUCAACACAUCUGUCCUGAUGUCCCUCACAUGCUGUCUGGAGAAGCUCAGCAGCCAGAGGCAAAAAUGGAUCCUGAGUUUAUAAAAGAAAACAGUGCUACCUACUCAGCCGAGGAAAAGGAAAAUAAAAAAGAGCCAGUCGUAACUAAGAAAAAAGAAUUAGAUGGAGAUCACCUGUCUCCAUCACUGAACAAAACUGGAGUUCAAAACAUACUUGAUUUUGACAGCAUAGAAGAAACCAAUGUGCAGGAUGGUACUGUGCAGAUCAUCAAGGACCACACGACUCACUGCGAAUUCAGUUUUCAGAACUCUUUGCUAUAUGAUUUGGAUUAAUUGUAUAUAAUUUUGAAAUUUAAAUGCUGAGUAAAAAAAUUUGGGACCUAAAA